UUCAGCUCUGCUUAGAAAGAAGCAAACGUUGAGUGGAAGGCAACAGACAUUCACUGAAGAUCAAGUGGUUGAGGAAUACAACAUCCAGAAAGGGAAAAUGACAGAAAAAAUGACAGCUCUAAAACGGACACCUGCGCCCGUCAACCCAAAUAUCAUAUGCUCGAUUCCAGAGUUUACGUAUUAGACAUUACGACGUCUCUUAUUCACUUCUCACAUCACUCAGUUAGGCAUGCACACAUCUGACAAAGGCUAAAGACUGUAACUUUAGGGAACGUCAAUAGCAAACGCCGUUCCGUCACUAGAUUUCCAAUGUUUCAGCGAGAAAAUUUAAGGUAACUUGGGGCAAAUACAUCAACGACAAGUAUCAGCAACGAACACUCGUGGCUCAGUAUGCUGUUCAACCUCGUUUGCUUCGAAUGUUCUGGCUCCAAUAAAGUCGGGCGAACCACACAAGAAUAGCUGGAUUCGGCCUAUGCAUUUCUAGACAGAAAUUAGGCACCUCUGUUUGCAUCCUCGGUAUGGGAUGGAGGCUACAUGCUUCUACUAAAGGCUGCCUUGUUGACUUAGUCACAGCACGAUGAAAUACGAUCGUCUAGCCCGAUCUCAAUACCAUAUAAGAACCUAUACCCUUUAUAUUAUAUCAGGACAGUGUAGGAAUUCUAAGCCUCUUCGUUUCAUAACUGACACUGGUACUUUGGUCAAAUUAUCGCGAAUCUUCUCCCAUACGUGGUACCUUUCUCGGUAUUAUUAUGGAUUUUUUUGACUCAAGAACCCUUUAUCCCCCAUCUAUUUCAUCCCCUUCUAUUAGAGGAGGAUCAAUACAGAAUAUGGAUGGCAGCUCUGAAAAAUCCGGGAGCAAAGGCGGACAGAACGGAGGUGGAAGCUCCAAAUUAGCACACAAAAUGCAUGCGAGCCUACAUAAUCAGAUCUCACUUCUCAGGAGACUUCCGGAGAAUGACGACCUUGAUGAGAUAAUGACAGCUCCCCUGUUUACCUAUCCGGUACUCAGAAAUGCUGCGAGUCUAGCUACCGACGCCUCCAAGACUCCAUUCGCCCAAUACGCACUCCUCGCCGGGGACGCGGACAUAAUGCGAGACGUUCCUAAAGCGGACCCGCACAUAUUUUACAACGUGACCACGCCGUCGAGCAUGUUCAUCUGCGGUAGCCAGGGGUCGGGCAAGAGUCACAGCCUAUCCUGCAUGCUCGAGAAUUGUCUGCUCCCCGCUCCAUUACUUGGGAAUCUCCCGAAACCCCUGACCGGCAUCGUAUUCCACUACGACACAUUCAUUUCUGAUUCCGGGGGCAUACCUUGCGAAGCGGCAUAUCUCUCCACGGACCCUCGCGUCAAGGUCCGCGUCUUGUGCCCACCAACAAACGUUACCACCAUAAAGGAUACAUACAGCUGCCUUAAGAAUGUGAGGGUUGAGGAGUUACGGCUUAAGGAGUCAUAUCUCAACACCAAACGUAUGUUAGAACUCAUGGCAUUUGGCGACGGACACCAGCCUCUCUAUAUGCACGUCAUCCAGAGAAUCCUAAGAGACAUGCGAAUCGCACAACAGCAAACCAGGUCCGGCUUCAAGUACAACGACUUCGUAAGAGCGCUACAAGACGAGAAAUUAAUGCCCGAUCAGAUGCGACCUCUACAGCAACGCCUGGACACUCUAGAAAGCUUCAUGGUUCCGGAACAAAUUGGUCCUGGAGCGCAAAUGUUCCCUGCUAAUUCUAAAGCUCAGAAGCGUGCGAAUAAGAAAGCAACGUCUGGUGGCACGAAUUGGACUCCUCAGUCGGGGGAACUUAUCAUCGUCGAUCUCUCAUGUCCAUGCAUCACGCCGAGCAUGGCGUGUUCACUAUUCAACAUAUGCCUCGCAAUAUUCCUGGAGCAGAAAACCCCGCUGGGGCGAGUCAUCGCCCUAGAUGAAGCGCACAAAUACAUGGGCGAGACGGUCGAAUGCGAGACCCUCACGAACAACCUGCUGUCGGUAAUUCGCCUUCAGCGUCACCUCGGCGCUCGCGUUAUCAUUUCGACCCAGGAGCCGACCAUAUCACCAAAGCUGCUCGAUCUCUGCAGCAUCACCGUCGUGCACCGAUUCACCUCACCGGAUUGGCUGAAGAUGCUCACGAAACAUCUCGCGGGGAUUUCUAUGGCGUCGAAAAUGGAAAGAAGGGGCGAGGACGGCAACCAAGACGCAGGGUGGGGGAUCGGAACCGACAGCGCCAGCGGCCUACAUGAUUUAGUGGCCUCGUCGAGCGAUCCUAUCAUCGAGCUCUUUUCUCACAUUGUCAGGCUCAAGACCGGCGAGGCGCUGGUGUUUGCUCCCGGCGCGAUGAUCGACUUUGAGAAACAGAAUUCUCAGACGGAGAAGAUUAAGAGCACACGACUGGCUCAUCGCAUCAUGCGCGUCGUGAUCAGAGCUCGCAUUACCAUGGACGGAGGUAGGAGUAUUAUGGCUACUUAGGUAUUUAGAUGAUUCGGGGAUCAUGUCAGUCGUCUGGUGUAAGAUAGGGGUUACCGUUUUACGACAUUUGUUUUCUCCGACUAUUAAAAGCUACUGGGUACCUACUGUCGGCGCUCUUGUGAUGAUGGUUGAUAACUUGAUUACUUGUUAAUUGGAUUCAAGAUCGGGUUAUAAAAUUCGAGGCCUCGAAUAUUGUAAAACUCGCUUGUCAAGGUGUAUUGAAAUUUUAAGGGUAAUAAAGUAUUCCCGUACAUGGUCAAGAGGGUCGAUCUGAUAGCCACAACAUGGAAACUAAAAUUCCUCUGAUGGACUGCUCGUUAAAUGUAUUAUGGAGGUUUUCCUUUCUUUCUCUUUCCGUUUCUCCACGAAAACCUCUAGGUAAUUAACUUGCAUGCCGUGAUAAUAAUAAGCUUCUAUGAGGGGCUAUCGAAACCAUGCAAAUAAAAUAUAGUCAACUACCUAGGUACCGAGGAGUUGGGG